UGCCGGAGGCUCCUGCCAUGAGCAAGAAUGCGCGCGCUCCUUCCGGGAGAUAAAAGCCACGAACGGACCGGUUUUCCGCCGCUCUGGUCGCCUUGUCGCUCAGAUUCCCUGGCGGGUUGAGAGAAAUUGGGUGCUCGGGACCUCCCCACUCCUGAGUCCAUUCGUUUUCCAUUGGGGAGAAUUGGUUUUUGGGUUGCCUUCUGAAUCAUCCCUCCCCCCUUCUCUCUCUCACUGUCGCGUCCUCUUGGGUGGUUUCGAAGUGUCACCCAUUUGGAUGCGGAGGUGCUUGAGGUGUCCUAUUUUCAUGUGCUUCUGCCUUAUCGGAAGGUGUUUAAGAGAGAAAGGCAAAAGCCUUCCGUACGUCUCACCGGACUUCGUUGUGCUCCGAUCAGGGCAGUUUUGUGAAGUGAAUUCGUCUGGAGCUCCCCUUUCAUUGGGAAACAAGAAGCUCUUCGCGCCUUGCUUCGAGAAUCUCUGGGCUUCCCAAAAGUAGGCUGGGAGGCGCGCCGCUUCCACGAGGUUCUUCUCCUGAUCCAGUCAUGGCCUUCACGUUUGCUGCCUUCUGCUACAUGCUCUCCCUGGUCUUGUGCGCUGCUUUGAUCUUCUUCGCCAUCUGGCAUAUAAUUGCAUUUGAUGAGUUAAAGACAGACUUCAAGAGUCCUAUAGACCAGUGCAACCCAACACAUGCGAGGGAGCGGUUGAGAAACAUUGAACGGAUCUGCUUUCUUCUGAGAAAGUUAGUGUUGCCAGAAUAUUCCAUCCAUAGCCUUUUCUGCAUAAUGUUUAUGUGUGCUCAAGAAUGGUUAACUAUGGGCUUGAAUAUUCCCCUGCUUUUCUAUCAUUUUUGGAGGUAUUUCCAUUGUCCAGCAGACAGCACAGAGCUAGCCUACGAUCCACCUGCAGUUAUGAAUGCAGAUACCUUGCGUUAUUGUCAAAGGGAAGCCUGGUGUAAACUAGCUUUCUAUCUCCUCUCAUUCUUCUACUAUUUGUACUG